AUCUGUGCGUCGCGCAUUCAUGCGUUUAUGUCUUGCCUUCUCUCCUUCGGCGCUUUUUCGUGGCCGAAUUCGCCUUCCCUUGAAGAACCAAGUUCUGGUGGUUUUUCCAAGUUGUUUCCCAGACAAGUUUCUCUCCGCUCUUGUUGAAACGUAGAGUCAUACGAGAAUCAAUUCAAGGGAAAGCUUCGCACAUUGCGGGAAAAGUGCUACGAACGACAUCUCCACGGAGCACAUACCAGGCAAAGGUAUGCCCCAAACGCCCCAAAUGGCGACCCUCCGGCCGCCUUCCCGUCCCGCCUCGGCUCCCCCGACCACCGUCGGGACGCCUUCUCCCGACGUCAACACUUCAAACACCAAUACCCCCUCCCCACCACCCACCUUGUCCUCGCGCCCCCCACCUCACCCCAACCAACCCCACCCACACACCCCACACCGCCGCGAACGCCUCACCCAACUCCUCAUCUGCCUCUCCACCUCGGCCACUACCCUCGCGCGCAUCUGGCUCACCCUCGUCAUCGCCGGCCUCGUGUUCCUGCUCCUGCAACCCCGUGGCGCGUUUGGAUCGGAGUGGUUGGGCGCCACGACCAAACCCGCUUCCUCGUCGCGCGGGUUCGACGCUGAGCGCGUACGGCUCGCCGAGGGCGCGAAACCUCCGACCAGUACAGGGAGUGUACGCGCCACCGCGAAUGCAAACCGAUACCGGGUCGUCAAUAUCACCGUCCAGAUCGCGUCACCGUCCACCACCGACGGGCGGGUCCGUGUCGCCGCCAACAACUACGUGCAUACGACAAAGACGACGUCUAUCACGGCGAUCCCGGCGUUUUUUGGGGGGAAGAUUGAGAGUAGUGUGGUGGUUAGGAUGGUCGUCAUUGAGCGGCUGAAUGGGUGUGUGCCGUUUAGUUUUGAUAUGAGGGGGGUGGAGGAUAUGGGUGGGGAUGAGGUGGGUGGCGUGAGGAACAGGGAGGUUAUGAACGACGAAGUUGGCAAUCGGUUGGAAGAUGAUGAACGGGGAGAGAAAGGAGCGUAUGGCGGCCGACAUGGGAGCGAUUCUUCCCGUCCUAAAUCGACCGCGGCGCGACCACAUGCCGUCCCACACGCACCCACCCCCAACACCCCCUUCAUCCUCCUCCCCCGCGGUUCCUGCCCAUUCGACACUAAAGUCCGCCACGCGCAGACAGCCGGAUUCGCCGGCGCCAUCAUCUACAACGUCGCCUCCAGCGCCCACCCGGACGCACUCAUCAAGAUGCAGACGGUGGACGGUCAACCCGCGGAGGAUGUUAGCAUCCCCGCGCUGUUUGUGACGAGUCGGGAUGGAGGGCUGUUGAGAGAGGCUGCGCAGGAGACCGCCGUGGGUGGUGUCAAAGUUGUAGGUGUGACAGCCGUCCCGGCCAUGAUAGAAUACUCCGCACCCGACAAAGUGUUCACCCAACACGCCACCAAAGCGGGCGAAAACCGGAAAUCCAACGUCGGCUCGGAACCCACCCCCAACAACCACUACACCCCCGACACCGCCCCACCACCCCGCCACUACCCGCACGACUGGGACGGCUUCAACCCGACGUUCUGGGGCGACGCGUUCGUCUCCGCCGCCUGCCUCAUCCUCGGUGCACUCGGCGCCAUGGCCGUCGGCGCCUCCCUCGUCCUCCUGCACAACCGCAUGUUUGACGCGCUGGGGAUCGACUACCGCGUCGGCGGCAGCGGGCAGACGACGCGGAACCUCGCGAGGGUGGUGAUUUCGCAUGACGGGGAGAUGAUGGUGGAGCGGAUCAAGUUGCCGUUGAGGGUGUUGACGGCGGUGGAUGUGCAGAUGGCGAAGGAGGGGCUUGGUGGGGAGUUUCUGGCGAGUAAUAUGGAGAAGGGGGAUGCGGGUGAUGAUGGUGCGGGGGAAAAAAGCGAGAAGGAGAAGGAGAAGGAAGGCAGGAGGCCGAUCUCGACGGAUUGUUGUGCGAUCUGUAUUGAUAAUUUUGGGGUUGGGUGUCGGGUUAGGGAGUUGCCCUGCAGGCAUUGCUUUCAUGAUACGUGUAUUGACCCCUGGCUCCUGCACCACGCCCUCCUCUGCCCGGUCUGCAAACGCGAGAUCAUACCCGCUACGGUUAACUCAACCGCAUCGAUCCCGCCGCCCCUUCGCCGCCAAUCGUCCAUCGCUAUUAUUAUUAACGACCCGGCGGCUAUGCCGCCGCUUGCGCCGCCUAAUACCGGGAGACGGAUGUCGUGAUGGGGCAGCUGAAGAUGGGGGAUGAUGGUUCGAAUGUGGCUUGGGAUAAGAUAGAUCAGAUGAUAGCAGCAUGUAGGAGGACUAGGAUUAGUCAGGUAGACGUUUUUUUUUUUCGAGUUUAGCUAUAUCCAUAGCAUAGGUAGGACUCCCGUAAUGAUAGAAAUGAACGCAGUUGGCCUC